AUGGCCUGGUGGUACCAGGCCACGUGGCUGCCCCCAGCUCUGCUGCUUCUCUGGAUCCCAGGCUGUUUGUCCCUGAGUGGCCCCAGCAGAGUGACAGGCGUCGUGGGGGGAUCCCUGAGCGUGGAGUGUCGAUACGCGGAGAAAUACAGAGACAACAGCAAAUACUGGUGCAAAGCCCCAUGUUUGUUAUUGUGGAAGAUUGUGGAGACCAAAGCGUCAGAGAGAGAAGUGAUGAGGGGCCACGUGUCCAUCAGGGACCAUCCUGCAAACCUCACCUUCACAGUGACCUUGGAGAGCCUCAGAGAGGACAAUGCAGGAACGUACGAGUGUGGGAUCACGGUACCAUUUUCACUUGACCCCACCGUCCACGUUGUGGUGUCUGUGUUCCCAGCAGCAGUGUCAACCCACCCUACUACUGUGGCCGAGACCUCGACAACCACAAUCAAUAUUUCAACCAUGUCGUUCACCACCCUGGCCAUAGCGAGUCCCACCUACAGCGCCAGCAACGAGGAGGAAGCCAUGCAGGGGUGGGGGCUCCAAGUGCCGCUGGCCUUGUUGGCACUUCUGCUGCUUCUGUUGGCGGGCAUCUCACUGCUGGCCUGGAGAAUGGUUCAGAGACGGAUCAAAGCUGGUGAGAAUCCAGAGCCUCACCAGAACCCCAGUCAGGCUGCUGAACAGAGUGAACCCUGCUAUGAGAAUCUAGAGCUGCAGAUGUGGCCCCCUCUGGAACAGCCCGUUAGACCCACCCAGGAGGAGGUGGAAUACAGCAACUUGGGGCUCCUCAGUGAAAACCUUCACUACAUCUCCGUGGUAUUUGAUUCCCGAAGCCAGGAUUCUAAGACGGACAGAAUUCCCUCCCAGAAGCCCCAGACGCAGGAGCCAGUAUACAGCAUGGUUAAGAAGACAUAA